AUGCAGUCUCGUGCACUUGGAGUACGUAUUGGUAGUCUCUUGAGGGCCCGUCAAUUCACCGGCGAAGACCCAGUGAGUCAGCGCAGCCAUGAUUCGACCUCGGAUGAUCAGGCAAAAGCCAACCCCGCAUCUUCGGACUUGUCCCACCGAUAUAACGUCAUCAUCCAUACCUCUCCCUUCCUUCGAUGUCUUCAAACUGCAAUAGGAGUCAGUGCUGGCAUCAACCAACAACAUCCGGAUACAGAGGCAUCCGAGGCAACCAGUUCCGCUUUCACGGUUCCCGAAACUUCGUCAAUCCCUGAUCGGCGAUGUCUGCUUCGCGUCGACGCAUUUCUGGGAGAAUGGCUCUCACCCGACUACUACGACCAGAUCACGCCCCCGCCGGGCUCAGACAGAAUGGUGGCGUCUGCGAAAGCGGAAUUACUUCGUCGCGCCGAGGCCAUCCCAGCGACCGACGGGUCACCGAGGGCGUUAUCAGGCAACUUCCCUGGUGGUUGGGGCAGCCAGUCUCAGCCUACUUCACCGUCCGAAAACGAAGAUCGACGCGUGCGCCCCGCAACAACGCAGCGCCAGCGCGCCAGCACGCACAACACUCUUCAGAGCCCCAGCCAAAUGCAAGAUGGCAAGGAGAGGCUACUCCGUCUCAACACAGAUCUGUCACCUGAUGUAGUCGCACAUUAUGUACCCCCAACUCCCAAUUAUGCCGUCUCCAACUCUGACCCUAUCCCUACCGGCUAUGUAGCUCAUGCGCGGAAUGCAUGUACAAAGAUCGAUUACCAAUGGGAUAGUAUGCGCACCCCGUACUGGGGUACAGGUGGCGAGUUCGGCGAGGAGUGGGGUACUAUGCAUGAACGUGUUCAUGAUGGAUUCCAGCACAUGAUCAACUGGUAUCGGGAACAAGGUCAACCUAAAGACGAUUCUAUAGCCGCAAAGUCGAGCGGGGAGACAACUGACAAUGCGCAAACGAUCUUGGUAAUAAUCACACAUGGCGCAGAUUGCAAUGCUUUGAUCAGUUCGCUGAGUGGUCAUUCGGUUUUGCUCGAUAUCAACACAGCUUCGCUUACCAUGGCUGUGCGAAGCAAUCGUGUCAAUCAACCGACGCGUGACGAGGAUCCCCAGCUUAAAUACCCGGACCCCGACGACCAAUCGGUCUCCCAGGAAUACUCCUUGCAGAUUGUGGCGUCAACUGAUCACCUGCGCCCGGGCAUCAACCCUUCACAGCUCACCUCCCUGUUAUCUUCAUCUGCGAAGGUACUUUCACCGCCCCCAGUCCCUUCUUAUCGGAAUCGCCUUGGCGCUCGCCCAUCACUCCCUCAAGGAACGUCUACAAACAGGCCACCAAGCUCCGGUAGUACCAGCCCCCGUGCAUGGACACUGGCGAUGCGCCCACCUCCUAAUUCCCGCGGCAUCUCUGGGCUCUGGAACUCGGUCCCAUCCGCUGAUAAAACGGACGAUUUUGAAGACAAUUAUGUUCCGGACUUUGGUGAUCGGUCGGUCAGCCAAGAUUCAGCUCUCUCUUCAAGACCUGUAGUUGACCGUGGCUGGACGAAGCAGUUACCGCAACGGACAUUAUCCCAGCGUGGUCUAUGGGGGAGUGCUCAGUCAUUGGGGGAACGUGAAGGAGGGACAAAACGGAGAUGGACGGUGACGGAACAAAACUUGUGA